GCUUUAUGCAAGGGAAGUGAAAAUGACAGUAACAUGACCAAAAAUUUGGGUGGGGAAGGAAGACAAAUGUACGUUUGCCCUCUCACGUGACAGACCCAAACUGGAUAUCACGUGAUUAGCAAAUGGGCCUAGUUUAGUAGGCCCACUUAGAGGAUAAGUACCUAACUUCUCGCUUCGUUUGAUUGAUUUGAUUUGAUUUGAAUUUUCGUAUUUAAAGAGCAUUAUUCUAUUUGAUUGUGUAUAAUUUGCAUCAAAUAUACUAGUAAUUUUAAGUUUUGAGAUCGUGAUUUGUGAGUGGCGUGAAACUGAAAAAAAUUCUGAAAUGAUAAUAGUCGACCACAUACAUACAAAACCGUAAAGAAUUAAGGGUUGGUUUUUUUUUUAAAAGAGAGACGUAAAUAACAAAAAGAAUUAUUUGUUUUUUUUUUUGUAACAAAUUUUUUAAUUUAUUAUGCCGUUGGGGAAAAAACGAUAAUUAUGCCAAAUGUUUCUAACACUACAGUUUCCAGAAAAUUAAAGGUAAAAAAAGAAAAAAAGAAAAAAAGGAGAGCUAUAGAAAUGGUGAUGCGAUGUUGGGAUUUGUUUAUAAGCCAAGAGACGAAGAAGAAGAAGAGGAGACUAUCAGCUCUUUCUUCUCUAUCCUCAACAUAUAUAUGUUGCUCCAGAAAUCUGUCACAUAAAUUUUAUGUCUCAUCUCUUUAAUGUGGACACCAAUGGAUGACUUGUGGAUGCCUGUGACUUUUGCUUAGUUCUAUAUUAUCUAGAUCAAAUUGCAACGAUUUGGUAGGUAAUUGGCUGGAGUAGUGAAUCUCGGAUUAGUGUCGAUAGAGAAGGUCUUUCAAGAGCUCACAGGCAGCUAUAUAAUCCAGUAAGUGAUAAGGUCCUUUGAGCAUUGGCAUGGGUCUGCCACACACUGCUUCAAAUGAGCAAGACCAUGAAGCUUUGUCUGCUCCAAGUUGCAGUCUUUCUCAAAGUCUGCCUGUAAAUGCCACUUCUUGUGAUUCAGAUGGUAUUAACAGAGGGAAUGAAGGAAGUUUCUGCUUCUCUAUUGGAGAAUCUGAUAGGCAAACAGCAUUGGAAUCUUUGGAGUUUAGAGAUGACUUAUGGAGAUUCCAUGACACUCGGGCUGUUACCUCGUUAUCUGCUCACGAACCGCCUUAUGCAAUGGAUAAGGUAAAUUUGAGUCGAACUGAAGUUAGAAGGAUAGUUGGUUUCGAAUCAAAUGAAUCUAGCUCACCGAGUAAUGAAUACACGAGUAUCACUGUUAAUCGCACUGGUGGAUCUAAUGAGGUAAAUAUUAUCGGUGGAUCGUUAGUCAGGAAACGGGUAAGCUCUCCUCUGAAUAAGCUUUUCCCUGAGAAAUUUAGAGGCGACUUGCUUGAUAUCAGCCGUAGCAACCAACAGUUGACUUCUGCUGGUAUUCCUAAUGGAUUUCACAUUCCUGUUGCACAAGAUCAUAAAAAGGCCAAUAUCUCUGGGAGAUUACGCCUCUUUACCACUUCUACCUGCUCUGAAUGGGGGAAUGACUCGUCACACACGGGUAAACUUUCAUCUACUGUUUUCACGGAUGGUCCAUUGCUUGACUCCAAUGAUCUGCAGCCCACAAAAGAUGUACAUUGCUUAUACUUACCAUUACAUGAAACAUUUCAAGUACCUGCUAAGCCAUCACCAUGUCAUAGAAACAUAUCUGUCUCUCCGCCACUUUCUCUGUCACCUCUUGGGCCAAGAUUCCCCGAGAGAAUGAAAGCUCUUCAAGGGGGCCUAAAUGGGAAUAUCUUCGAAGAUGGCGUUUGUUUAAAGAAUACUGGUGAAGAAGCAGAACUCAGGACUGGUCAUAGAUUGUUUGAUGAUACUAAUGGUAUUCAGAGAGCCUUUUCAAUGGAUAGAGCUAUUGAAUCAGUUCCUACAUCUCCAUGUAAAAGAUUUAGUAGAAGCUUGAGUGGACGUCCCAUUCAAAGGUCAUUGGUUGGUUCGUUUGAAGAAUCCCUCUUUUCAGGAAGAUUAUCCUAUGGGCAAGCUAAUCAGAAGAUCGACGGUUUUCUUGCCAUUCUUAGUAUUGCUGGCGGAAACAUCUCUCCAAAAUCACAGAAGCUUCCAUUCUCAGUAACAAGUGUUGGUGAUGAUUGCUUAUUACUAUACUAUGCCUCCAUAGAUCUCUCUAAAGGAUCAUUGCCAAACAAAUUAUGGGGUCAGAAACUGAAAACCAACCAAAACAAGUCUGAUGCUCAGACCAUCAUUAAUAAACGUCUCCGGAUUCCUAUGAAGGGUCGGAUCCAACUGGUUCUGAGUAACCCUGAAAAGACACCUCUCCACACUUUCCUCUGUAACUAUGACUUAACUGAUAUGCCACACGGUACAAAGACCUUCCUGCGCCAAAAGGUUACUCUGGCCUCCUCUGUUCGGACCAAAGCCAAAAAAUCUGUAGAUACAAUAGACAAAAGUGUUGCAAAUAAAAGUAGUGAAGGAUCUGAAUCAGUGGAUGAAUUGCAUUCGCCGAAUGAGUGUAAGAACAAGAAUUGUCGUGAGACGUACAGAGAAACAGGACAACGAUGUUCAAAGUCUGGAGUCUUACGCUACGCACUUCAUCUUAAAUUUAUUUGCCCUUUACGCAAGAAAGCCUCAAAAUUAGGUCAGAAGAAAAGCUUGGAUGCAGGAGAUGAUGGAGAGAGGAGAUUCUAUUUAUAUAAUGACUUGAGAGUUGUGUUUCCGCAACGCCACACAGAUUCUGAUGAAGGAAAGUUGAAUGUGGAGUAUCAUUACCCAGAAAAUCCAAGAUACUUCGACGUGUAACCAAUGGAGGAAUCUCUGCUUCCUAAAUCGUUUUUCUGUUUUAGUUAUUGUUAGAAGAAAAUAAAAGAAUGUUUUGUACAUAAGAUAAAAGAGCGUUUCGGUAAUAGGGAAAUUGCCCCACAACGUUCGGUAAUUAUCAGUUUGCCCAUGUUGGAUUUGAACCUU